GAGUUUGGCGCUCGGCGGCUUCCGUCCGUGCCGCAGCCUCAUGUCCCGCUGCGCCCGCCGUAGUCAGACAUGGCGGAGUACUCCUGCGUCAAGUCCACCAAGCUGGUUCUCAAGGGGGCCAAGGAGAAGAGCAAGAAAAAGCACAAGAACAAGAAAAGGAAAAGGGAUGAGGAUGCAGAAGAGCAGCUUGAUAUCGUCGGCAACUGGUGGGCUGUCAGUAAUUUCGGUGAAAUUACAGGAACUAUAGCAAUAGAAAUGGAUAAAGGAGCUUACAUCCAUGCCCUUGAUAACGGCUUGUUUACGCUUGGAGCACCACACAAAGAUGAUGAAGGCCCGAGUCCUCCUGAACAGUUUACUGCGGUGAAGUUGUCUGAUACAAGGAUUGCUUUGAAGUCUGGUUAUGGGAAAUACCUGGGUAUAAAUUCAGAUGGACUUGUUGUCGGGCGUUCAGAUGCUAUAGGAUCAAGAGAGCAAUGGGAACCUGUCUUCCAAGAUAAAAAAAUGGCAUUACUAGCAGCAAACAGUCGUUUUAUUAGAUGUAAUGAAGAGGGAGACAUAGAAGCCAAAAGCAAAACUGCAGGGGAUGAAGAAAUGAUAAAGAUUCGAACUUGUGCUGAAAGAGAAACUAAGAAGAAAGAUGAUGUUCCACAGGAAGACAAAGGAAACGUUAAACAGUGUGAAAUCAACUAUGUAAAGAAAUUCCAAAGUUUCCAAGACAAAAAACUGAAAGUAAGCAAAGAAGAUACAAAAGCCCUCCGAAAAGCCAGGAAAGAAGGCACUUUUCAUGAAGCAUUGCUUGACAGGCGAGCAAAAGUGAAAGCAGAUAGAUACUGCAAGUGAUAACCAGCUCGUCCGUUUUCUUCUGUGUCUUUGAUUGAAUCCAGAAAAUAAGGAGAUAGCCCAGAAAGAUUUAGAAUAGAGGAAAAAUUCCAUGGGCUGGACAAAUUAAUGCUGCAAUGUAAGGAUCCUUUAGUUCAUGUCUUCAGAAAAGAACCCCUGAGUAGCUGUUUUUUUUGAACCUAAAUGGUCUUCUGCAGUAUUGUUUUCUCCCAUAGGCAUCACUUAUUUAGUUAUUGUGUUUCAGACCACCCUGUUAAAAAAAAAUGUCAUAGUAUCAGGUGACCACAUAAACUAAUCUAUCACUUUGCUUUUUUUAAUGAAGAUAUCUAACUUGAUAAGGGUGAAGCGUUAACAUUUUAUUCCUAGUUCUAGUACAAACCUUUGAGAUUACUCUUUAACAUGUAGCAGGAAUGGCUGAAAAUUAUACUUAUUUCUUAUCGGUUUCUAUUAACCACACAUUCUUUCAAAGAAAUAAGUUGUUAGGGAUAUUGAAGUGUUUUCUGGUAAGAGUGCAUUAAAAUACUUGCAAAAGCUGUAAUCAGCAGAACUGGUCUUUGAUUGUAAUUUUACAGGUAUCUCCAGAAUUUUGUUAAAAUUCCUUAAUGUGUCAGUAACCCAGGUAUAAAGGUCUUGUCUGUAUUACGCGUGGAUAUUUGGCAUUAUUGCUAUAUAAAGUAGCUAUUGCCAAUGGUAGGCUACCAGCUAAAUAGUUUAAGACGUGGGAAUCAGAAUGUGCGAUUACAUUGUCCAGAGAGAAAGCUGUCUGGCACUUAGUAGUUGGUGUGUCGGGAGCUCUGUCGAAAGUAGCUACCCCCAGAUUUCUAGGAGAGGUGAGAACAAGCAAAGUCUUACUUUUAAGAGUUGAAAGAGAGCCAUGUAAGCAUAGAGCAUGGAUAGCUUUUUGCCAGUAUUAGAAGAGGUCAAACAGAUGUUGCUUAGAAGCUUCUGUAAAGCAGUGUCUGUCUGUGCUCUGUGAUUCCCUUUCUGUAAAGGGAGCCUAGUGAGCAAAGGCCGUAUUGUGAGUUCUUGUAAUUGCUUGAAAAGAUGCGUUGCACCUGCCCAGGAGAUCUGCCAGAGCUGUGAACACUGAAUUUGCAAGGAGAAGGUGGAAAGCUGGAAAUAAAGAGAUGGUUGCUGGCAAAUGGUUCUGGCCAGAGUCUGGAGAAUUACUGUGUGAAAUGCAGCAUAGCUGUGGGUUGUGCUGUCAUAGAAAAUAAAUGUAAUUUAUUUUUACCCAGCGCUCCUAAGUUUGGAGCAGCACCAAGAAUCAAGCAACGCUCAGUAAGUAGUUGUAGGUCCCAUAGCCUCUAUCUGGAAAUGUAAAUAACCUGUUGUACAACUGUUGCAACAUCAGAGAUCUGGAAGUGGCCUACUGCCAAAAUUGUUUCCAGAAACACUGGGAAGCAGGUUGCGCCACUGGGAGCAGGCUGAGCACCAGGGUAAUUGUUUGCUGAGCUGUUAGAUAAGCAGACAAUAUAAAGUGGCUGUGACAUGCUUUUUGUUUUUCACUAUCUGUCACUUUCAAUAAUCUUCAGCUUCUAAGAACUUCACAAUUCAUUGCAGUUUUCCUUGUUCAGCAUCCACUGUGAAUAUGAAGUGAGUGCUGAUGGUUAAAAGUUGGCUGAUGUUCCAGUAUUUAUUCUUCCUUCCAAGAAUAUAUUGUUUAAAUAAAAUUCUGUCUGUUACAACUCAUAAAGUGAUUGUUCAAAUACAGAGGCAGCUGAAGCAGAAAUCUGAUGUGCUGAUGGAAAGAGUGAUGAAAGGAGCAUUUGGAAUCUGAAGAAGAGCCUGAGAAUUAUCUGUGGAAAGGAAUUUUCCAUUUCAUGUUUAGCAAUUUAAACAUAAGAACUAAUGUAUACAGGCUUUUUUGAUGGGGGAGGAAGUUGGUGGAAUGAGACCAUCAUGGUACAGAGCGUUUCGCUCUGUGCUGGGGCUGAUGAUAUACUUGCUGGAAAUGAAAGGUGUCCUGAGAUAGUACAGAAACAGAGAUCUGAAGUAUUUGCUGAAAUAUUAGUCCCAGGAGGAGGAAAUCAAAGGUACGACAAAAUAGCAAAUAGCAUCGUGUCUUAAACUUGCUGUAAACAGUGUUGAUAUAUUUUCCCAUUUGAGACAUUCAAGGAUUUUCUUGGUGGCAUUGUCUUCUGGCAGGGGUCUCCUGGCAGCAGUAUUAGCAGAAAUUAUUAGCAGUAUUAGCAGAAUGAGCUUGAACUGAAACACAGUGAAAAGGGAAUCACUUGUGAAGUAUUAAUUCUGAAGAAAUGAACAGAUCUGGUAUGUGGAUGGGCACUGAAUGGAUGAAUGUGAAAAAGCAGAAGGAUGGACCCAAAGUACUGAUGGUGCCUCUAAGUAAUGAUAGCACCUUUCAGGCAGUACAGCUAAUGUAACAAAUCUUAAAACUGUUUUACUUCUGACGUAGAUUUUUGAAAGUUGACUAGAAACAGCCUAGACAACAAAGUGGACAACCUAAAGUAGUGCAGAGCCUGGAGACUAGGGGUUCUGAUAGGAACCUGGCAGAACAGCCAGUCAGAGGAACACAGGUAUUGUAAGACAUGAACUGUUCUUGAAGCUUUACUUUUUGUUACUGGUGAAAUAAUCCAAAGUACAGAGGGGCUUUAACAGAUGUAAGUUGUGCAUUCAAAAAGAGCUUGUGGUCAUUGUCCAAA